CAAGGGGCUCUCAGCACUGCUGCAGCAUCACUAACAACCUCAAUACAGGGAAAGAGAGGCGGAAGGGGGGGGGGGAGAAAAUCUGAAUGAAUGGGCAUCACAUCAGUGCUCGUCAUAGGGAGAACGGAGACUGCUGCAUAAGGGGGAAAGAGGAGGAUUCUUUCCAAAAGGGAAGAGGACAAAAAAAUAAAAAUAAAAAAGGAGAGAACUGCCACAGCCGUUAUCCUGGGCUCCAGCCAAAGCCUUCUGUGGACAAGUGCUACCUGGGCAAGGAAUAGCUCCUUUGUGAGCCACUGCUACUGCCCCCUCCACGGAGAGCCAGCUCGAGGACAGCAGCUGGCCCUGUUGUGGCAGCCAGUGCCUCGCGCGCCGCCCACCCCGGGGACCCCGCACGGUGACCAUGUGGACAUGCACAACCUGCAGGCUGUGAACGUGAGCGGGACCCUGGUGUGAGAUCUUCAUGCAGGACAUCUCUGGAACACAGAGGAGUCGGAAGAGUGCUGGACGCUGAGUCAGGUCUGUCCCUGAAGCCCAGCGAGACGUGAGAGGAUCAUCUCCAGAGGGAGAGGGACCAAAGGGAGAACUAGCAGGAAGGCUCCUCGGUGUCACCCGUGAAGUGAUGCUGUAGGAAACCCCGGGACCAUGAAGGGGUUAGGAGAUAACAGAAGCCGCCACCUCUCCGAUAACCUGGACUCCCCUCAGGACUCUCUUUAUGCAGCCCAAGACAGAAACCCUUACCUCCUCAGUCCCACUGACUCCUACCCCGUGGACCCCCGGUUUCCAGCCCAGAAUUCCCUCCAUAGUGACUGUCUGCUCCCACUCAACAACCAGAUUUCCAACAGCAGCACUUUCCCCCGGAUCCAUUACAACUCCCACUUCGAGGUCCCGGACGAGAACCCCUUCCCAAGCCAUGCCCAAGCCACUAAGAUCAACCGCCUCCCCGCAAACCUCUUAGACCAAUUUGAGAAGCAGCUGCCCAUCCACCGGGACGGCUUCAGCACCCUCCAGUUCCAGAGGAGCGACUCCAAGCACCGGAGCGAGAGCCCCGGGCGCAUCCGACACCUGGUGCACUCCGUCCAGAAGCUCUUUGCCAAGUCGCAGUCCCUGGAGGGCCCCACCAAGGGCAGCGUGAAUGGCAAGAAGGGCACGGAGGAACCGAAGCAGAACCGAAGGAGCAAGAGCAAAGACCGGGCAAAGACCACCGAGACCAAACGCAGGCCCAGGUCCAACAUAUCAGGCUGGUGGAGCUCGGAUGACAACUUAGACAGCGACACCUGCAGCUAUCGCAAUCCAAUGGGCCUCAUGACCCUGGGCAGGCAACCUGACCACAGCCAGCCUAGGUACUUCAUGCACGCGUAUAACACCAUCAGUGAGCACAUGCUGAAAUCCUCCAAGAGCAAUAAUGACCUCAAGGUCACCCCCUGCACCAAUAUCCCCAUCAGCAACGAGUCCAACUACAUCAAACGGGGCUCCUGGUCCACGCUCACCCUUAGCCAUGCCCGGGAAGUGUGCCAAAAGGCUUCUGCCACCAUCGACAAAGCCCUGCUGAAAUCCAAGUCCUGCCAGCAAGACUUAGCCUAUCAUUACUUGCAGGUGCCUCAGGGAGAGUGGAACAAUACGCUGUCUCGGGACAAAGACAAUGAGAUCCCGUGCCGGCGCAUGCGGAGCGGAAGCUACAUCAAAGCCAUGGGGGAUGACGACAGUGAAGAUUCAGAAACCAGCCCCAAACCUUCCCCGAAAACUGCGGCUCGGAGGCAGAGUUACCUCAAGGCCACCCAACAGUCCCUGAGUGAGCAGAGCACUGCACACAGGAGCCUGGACCGCCUGGACUCUGUCGAGAUCCUCUUACCUCCAAAGUUCCCAAGUUGGGAGGAAGAAUACAACCAGCUCACUGACAACAUCGAUGAGUCCAGCUGCAUCAGCCAGACAAGGGAGGCAGAGCUGAGCGACCAGUAUGAGACAGUCUGUGAAUCAGCCUACAGUGAAGCCGAAUCAGCUGCUGUCGAGGUGCUGGAUCUGCCUCUGCCCAGCUACUUCCGCUCCCGGAGCCACAGCUACCUCCGAGCCAUCCAGGCAGGCUGUUCCCAGGAAGAAGACAUGGCCUCCCUCCGAUCCCUCUCGCCGCCUCCCGCCAGCAGCAUCAGUGGCAGCAGGACGCUCCCCAGCAACAGCAGUUCAUCAUGCCUAGUGGCAUAUAAAAAGACACCUCCCCCCGUCCCACCUCGGACCACCUCAAAGCCGUUCAUCUCUGUCACCGUGCAGAGCAGCACUGAAUCAGCCCAGGACACCUACCUGGAUAGCCAGGACCACAAGAGCGACGUCAACAGCCAAUCGGGACUGAGUAAUUCUUCAGACAGCUUAGACAGUACCAGAACACCCAGUGUGACAAGAGGCAGCCUUGUGACUCCAGCCAGAGAUGCUCCAGAGUUACCCCAGAAAAAUGCAACCUUGAAAAGUGACAAAGGAACUCUGACAAGUGAAGAGCCUAAAGUGGAGAAUAUCCCCAAAAGGAAGCUGUCGUCUAUAGGAAUACAAGUUGACUGCCUUCAGCCAGUGGCAAAGGAGGAGCCCCCUACACCAACCACCAAAUUCCAGUCCAUCGGAGUACAGGUAGAGGACGAGUGGCGAAACAGCCACUCUCGCAGUAUGUCCUCCAAACAGGACGCCGAUUCCGAUGCACAGGAACCGAAUCACUCAAGCUGUAAAUCGUCUGAGAGAAGCCUUGCUGAUUGUCCCCCGCGCCACAACUCCGUCAGCGUUGAUGCCAGUACCAGGCAACCAGCCAAGCCCUCCCAGUUCAAGAGAAAUCUCUCCUAUGGAGAUAGUAGUGACCCAGCCCUAGAGCCUUCCUCUCUCCCUCCUCCAGACCCUUGGCUUGAGACGUCCUCCAACUCACCAUCAGAACCAACACAACCAGGAGCCUGCAGGCGGGAUGGGUACUGGUUUCUGAAACUGCUGCAGGCAGAAACAGAAAGGUUAGAAGGAUGGUGCCGUCAGAUGGACCAGGAGACCAAAGAGAACAAUCUCUCUGAAGAAGUCUUAGGGAAAGUCCUCAGCGCAGUGGGCAGCGCACAGUUACUAAUGUCACAAAAGUUCCAGCAGUUCCGGGGCCUCUGUGAGCAAAACUUGAACCCCAGUGCCAAUCCCAGACCCACAGCCCAGGACCUAGCUGGGUUUUGGGAUCUCUUGCAGUUGUCCAUUGAAGACAUCAGCAUGAAAUUUGAUGAGCUCUACCACCUAAAGGCUAACAGCUGGCAACUGGCAGAAACACCGGAGAAGAAGGAAGAGAAGAAACCACCCCCUCCAGUGCCAAAGAAGCCAGCCAAGCCCAAAACCCCACUGAACCGGGACAAAGCCUCUGACUCUGUGGAUAAGCAACGCCAGGAAGCUCGCAAGCGUCUCAUGGCAGCCAAGCGGGCUGCCUCUGUCCGGCAGAAUUCUGCCACGGAGAGCGCGGACAGCAUUGAAAUCUACGUCCCUGAGGCACAGACCCGCCUUUGAGCAAAGGGGAAGAGGAAGGAAACACAUGUUUUUCUAAAUCAUUAAAGAGGAAAAAAAAAUUCUCUCUGAACUUAGUGUGAUUUAUUCAGUCUAGAGACGCUGAGCCAACCUGGCAAAGGGCUCCCAAUUCGGCUUUUUUUCUCUCAGCUUUAAGUAAUGAAGAUUUUAAAAAAAUUCCACACACAACAACAACAAAAAUUCCCCCUCUUGUUUUCUCUCACUGGCUAUGGUGUUGCUGAACAGACUGAAAAGACUCCUGGAAGCCCCAGCCCCUCAGACUUGGAACUUCAAUCUUUUUACUUGUUCAAUCUAAUGAGAAUUAUUAGCUUGUUUACAAGAAGAGGACAACAAAAAAAAUGAAGCCUUGAGCACUUGCCAUGCUGUGUUCUUUCUCCUUCUCCUCAGCUCUGUUCUUCCUUAUCCUUAGGGUUUUUUUCUUCUACCUCUUAUUCUACCCUGUCCACCCCCUCUCUCCCACUUUUUGCAUGGCUUUGUUUACUGUGUUAGAAAUAACCUCUCUUCCACAGAGCUCCCGAAGAGAACAUCUGUUCAGCGUGUACUGUUGUUGCACUCUGCUAGCAAGCAGCCUUUCUUUCUUUUUCCUUUAGUGGGGGGGAGGGUAGAGGGGCAAAGUGCAGGGGCAGGGCAGCAGGGUUCACAUAUCGAUGUAUUUGGUUGAAACGGAAGGAGGAAAAGCUCUGUGGAAUGUAAUGCAGAGUCCUUAAUGCAGCCUGGAAGCAAAUGUGUGCAAUAAGAUGGUGAUGGAUGCAGCGCUUCGUUGGCUGAUUCCAAAAGAAAGAGGGCCCCACUCCAGGCACAGGAUGGGAGCUGGAAGGAUGAUGUGGUGGAACAGUGUGACCCCUGUACAUACACACACGCACAUACACAUGCACACACGCACACAUACACUUAUUUUGUCCCCUUCUACACAUUUUAUUUUCCUGAGAAUCACUUGUUACAAAAGCAGUUGCUACACAGUGGAGACCUGUUUGAAGGGGGAGGAAGAGGGUAAUGAUAGGGUAUUUCAGGGUGGAGGCCUGGGUUUUCUACAAAAAGAAGGGGGAGGGUGGCUAAUGGCAGGCUGGCAGCCGGCCUACCUGUAUGUAUGUGUACAUAUGCACAUAUACACUUACUAGGAUCUGUAUAUUUAAUGCAUACACACGUAUACAUACCCAUACACACGUGCAAGUGGUGUAUUAAAAGCACCUCAGUGAGAGUGGAUGUAUGUAUAGCAUAUAUUUUUACAUGUACUAUAUCUAGAUGUGUGUAAAAGUGUGUGUAAAAAUAUAUACCCUGUGUGUAAUCAGAUUAUUUUUCCUUGUAUCCCGUGCUUUUUUUGGUGGGGAGGGAGGGGUUGCUAAAUAUUUUGAUCCUUUUUAGCUCCUUCUUCCGCCUCACUCCUCCUUUUCAGUUUAGCUUUUUGGAGUCGGGACUGAAUGCCAGCAGCGCGUUCUUUUCCACCCUCCCCAAAACGAACACCUGCCCCCAAGUUAAGCAAUCAUGUUGUUUGAGUGGGGAGAUCUUGUCUGUUUCAUGUGGGGGAAAUCCCAAAGGAAUUUAAAUCAGGGUGUUGGUGAUCAAAAAGGAGAAAAAAAUAAAAUAAAAACCUAAAUCCUAUCUAAGUGAACACUGUAUACUGUGUUUAUGCAUAUAUAGUAUGACAGAUUUCUCCUCCUACCAUAUAAAUCUCGUAGCCUGCAAUGACCGUAAACAAAGUGGCUCAAAUCUAGCAUUGGCUUUUAACUUUAUGGGUAGAAGAUGUUGACUUGCUGGAUUUUUUUUAAAUAAGGCUUUUUAGAGUUUCUUAGCAUUCUAAAAUUAGGAACAUGUAGAAUGUGAGUUCAUCUUAAUCAUGUUUCCAAAGGUACCCAGACUGCUGGGGUACUCUCCCCAAAGCAGUUGAGCAGUUGUUUUCUGGGCUCAGUGUUAGGGGCUGUAGCCUGUUUUGCUGAGCUGAAAAACCUCUUUAAAUGGCGUGGGGACCAUUCACACUGCCUCAGUCAAUCAUACCUGGUCUAUUGCCCAAAGAGUUCCAAGCAUAUUCCCUGGGUUCUGGCCAGGCACAGUGAAGCAGGGCAUGUAUAAUGGGUUUAUGGUGGGUAAGAUAUAUUGUCAGUGUCUCAAGCCAUGGUAGAUAAUCAGAAGCAAGUGUAUGCCUCUCUGCCAGACUUUCGUUAGAUCAGUAUCUCCUUACUUUCCUGCAGGAAUAAGGUUUAAUAAAGCAAGGACAGCUGACUGAUAAAAUAAAACAAAAUUCAAAACUAACCUCAGUUUAUAGCUCUGAUAUUUUCCCCCCUUUAAAAAAAAAAAAAAAAGACCAUAUUCUUGGUUUUUGUUUUUUUAAUGGGCUUCUUAACCUCUAGGGCACAGUUGAGUUGUUUAAACGACAUGGACGUGACUUCUCUGUAAUAUCUGUGAACUGAUGCACUAGACUGUGGGUCUGUAGACGUACUGUAUGUGUGUGAUUGUGUACUAGCGUAUUUCAGUGUUCGCUUCAAGGGUUUGAAUGCAAUCUAAGUCUCCCAUUUCUCCAGCAUACCUCGUAACCCCCUGAGAGCCAGUCAACAGUUGGGGAGAUUUAAUUUGCACAUGCAAAUUAAUUUGUUUUUUUCCCCUAAUAGGGUGACAUGGUAGCAACAGACCUACCUCCUGAUCUAGAGCUAACAGCACGGUCAUUGACAUUGAAAUAGGCUUCUGACCAUGAAAGGGGAUGUUCUCACCACCUCGAUUAUUCUUGAAUCCAGGAAUUAAAUUUGGUUUUAGAUGUUAUGAAGAUACAAUCCAGCUGGCCUCCUAGGCUCAAGUCAUUUUGAUUAAUUCAAAGGGCAGCAAUACAUCAAACCUAAUAAAUAAACUCACUCCUUGUGCCUCCCACAGACCUGUGCUGAUCCCUGUCAUUUUGACUAUAAACGCUGGGAGGCGGGCAACUUUGUUUCAUCUUGGGAGUGGUUCUGGUCCAUUCAGUGCAGAAACAGUUCCGUUUCAGAUGUCCUUACUGCUUGACCACUCUCAUUUUCCCCAGUCAGCCCCCGAAUGGAAAGUAGGUACAACCUCUGUUCUCAAGGUAGUGGGAAAAGAGGAAAGACUGUUCUCAACCUCUAGUUUAAGAUCAGCCUAAUAAUAUAGCAAUAGUGUUAAUAAUUUGGGGGGUGGAGGGGAGGGAGAAGGAAUAAUGCUGAGUAUUUUUCCCUUUCACAGACGGAGCUCCUUGUUUUUAGUAGUCUAAGGAGAUUCUCGAAGGAAACAGCCACAACUGAAGUGAUUGGAAUUACAGGAAAUCUAUAGUGGUUAUGAAAAUCCUAAACCCAAAGCCUAUUUCUUGAAACUGUGCUUAAUAGAGGUUUCUAUAGCUCUAAUUAUCUAAUACUAUGUGGAUGUGAUUUUUUU